CGGCGGCGCGCGGGGAGCGGCGGCAGGGCGGGCAGUGCGGCCUGGCCGCGGGCGUGUGAGCGCCUUCACUGCUUCUCUCCCUGCGGAGCGGGCACACCGAGCCACGGGGCAGCAGCGCAGAAAUCCAGCCUUAGGGGACAUGAGGGAAUUUUGAUCCAAGCGGAGGUUCAUGUAAGAACAAAAGACAAAAGCAAAACACACAGAAACCCCCUUUCUCUACUGAAACAGCCAUAAGGUUCAGUGUUCCAGCUUUGAAGUCCCUAAUAUAUUUUGGCUCAUGAAAAGGGAUUAAGAAGAUGUAGAAUUAUUCUGAAUAACAGACUUUCCCAAGCUCUUUAUGCGUAGGAAAGAGAGAAGUUUCCUGAAAUGUGAUACCCUUCAUGGAAACAAAUGUCAGGUAAAACAAUGUGAACAAAACUUGUAGUGUUCUAUCAACUGCUGAAGAAGCCCCUAUUAUUAUCUCUAGCACCUUGCCUUUGGAGCAAGUUUCAUGAUCUUAUGUGCCAGAUCUUCCCAGAAUUUUUCCCAAAGUAGUACAUCUAGAAGCUGCAUCCCAGAAAAGGCACUGCAGUAAUAUCACAACAGUCAGGUUCUUCAGACAUGUCUCAAACACCCUUCCCAAGAAGACCUCCCUUCAAGGUAUGCUAUAUCUGUGGCAGAGAAUUUGGCUCACAAUCUAUUGCUAUACAUGAACCUAAGUGCCUAGAGAAGUGGCGUAUUGAGAACAAUCAACUGCCAAAGCAUCUUAAAAGGCCAGAGCCCAGGAAACCUGAGGUCCUUGCUGGUUCUGGUUCCUAUACACUUGGAGAUGAAAAUGAAGCAGCUUGUUAUAGUGCUCAAGCCCAGCUGGUGCCUUGUAGAAACUGUGGCCGAACCUUUUUUCCUGACCGUCUCCCUGUGCACGAAAGGUGUUGCAAAGGAAGUGGCAGCAGUGCGAGGGUACCAAGCACUACCACUAGUAAAUCUGGUAAAGCACCAAGAUCUGGACCUGGCUCAGCAAGGGGUGAUCCAUCUAAGGCCCAUCAAGGAAUGAGCAGGGCUGCACCAGCUGUAUCAGACCAGGCAAAAGUGAUAAGACGGCCACCAACAGUGAUUUGCUACAUAUGUGGCCGUGAAUAUGGAACAAAAUCUAUUAGUAUACAUGAGCCACAGUGCCUGAAAAAAUGGCACCAGGAGAAUGACAACCUCCCCAAGCACUUGAGAAGGCCAGAACCCAAAAAACCUGAAGUCAGAACCGUGCAAGCCAAAGGUUUCUAUGAUCUUGAUGCUUUAAAUGAGGCUGCCUGGACCAGCGCCCAAGCCCAGCUAGUUCCAUGUGAUACUUGUGGGCGUACUUUUCUUCCAGACAGACUGAUUGUCCACCAGAGGUCCUGUAAACCGAAACCUGCAAAGUGAAGUGGGUGUAACACACAUACAUUUGUAUGCUCACAUAUACACAGACAGACACACACACCUUUAUCCUAAGCUAAAUAAAGUGUUUGUGUGUGUGUGUGUGUGUGUGUACGCGUGCACGAAUACACACACAUGCACCCAUGCCUUUCAGACAAACCAUGAGAGAAAUAAAAUUCAUCUGGAGAGACAUGGUCA